AUGGGCGCCCGACCGCGCGAUGCCCGCGUCGCCAGGCUCUCGCCGCUCCGGGCUCCGCCGCUGCUGCUUCUGCUGCUGCUGCCAGUGGCCAGCGCCUCUGACGCCGAGCAUCGUCUGUUCGAGCGGCUGUUCGAAGAUUACAAUGAGAUCAUCCGGCCAGUGGCCAAUGUAUCUGACCCGGUCAUUAUCCAGUUUGAGGUGUCCAUGUCUCAGCUGGUGAAGGUGGAUGAAGUAAACCAGAUCAUGGAGACAAACCUGUGGCUCAAGCAAAUCUGGAAUGACUACAAGCUGAAGUGGAACCCCUCUGACUACGAUGGGGCAGAGAUCCUCCACGUCCCCGCACAGAAGAUCUGGAAGCCAGACAUUGUGCUGUAUAACAAUGCUGUCGGGGACUUCCAGGUGGACGACAAGACCAAAGCUCUGCUCAAGUACACGGGGGAAGUGACCUGGAUCCCCCCGGCCAUCUUUAAGAGCUCGUGCAAAAUUGACGUGACCUACUUUCCGUUUGAUUACCAGAACUGCACCAUGAAGUUCGGCUCCUGGUCCUACGACAAGGCCAAAAUUGACCUGGUCCUGAUCGGCAACUCCAUGAACCUUAAGGACUACUGGGAGAGUGGCGAGUGGGCCAUCAUCAAGGCCCCUGGCUACACACAUGACAUCAAGUACAACUGCUGCGAGGAGAUCUACCAGGACAUCACGUACUCGCUGUACAUCCGGCGCCUGCCCUUGUUCUACACCAUCAACCUCAUCAUCCCCUGCCUGCUCAUCUCCUUCCUGACCGUGCUCGUCUUCUACCUGCCCUCCGACUGCGGCGAGAAGGUGACCCUCUGCAUCUCAGUCCUCCUCUCCUUGACCGUGUUCCUCCUGGUGAUCACUGAGACCAUCCCGUCCACCUCGCUGGUCAUUCCCCUGAUUGGCGAGUACCUCCUGUUUACCAUGAUUUUUGUAACCUUGUCCAUCGUCAUCACCGUCUUUGUGCUCAACGUGCACUACAGAACCCCCACCACGCACACAAUGCCCACGUGGGUAAAGACCAUAUUCCUGAACUUGCUUCCCAGGGUCAUGUUCAUGACCAGGCCGGCAAGCAGCAAGGGUACCACUCGGAAGCCAAGACCCUUCCAUAGUGCUGAACUCUCCAACCUGAAUUGCUUCAGCCGCACAGAGUCCAAGGGCUGCAAGGAAGGCUACCCCUGCCAGGACGGGAGGUGCAGCUACUGCCACCACCGCAGGGUAAAAAUCUCAAAUUUCAGUGCCAACCUCACGAGAAGCUCCAGCUCUGAAUCUGUCGAUGCUGUGCUGUCCCUCUCUGCUCUUUCACCGGAAAUCAAAGAAGCUAUCCAAAGUGCCAAGUGUAUCGCAGAAAACAUGAAAGCACAGAAUGAAGCCAAAGAGAUUCAAGACGACUGGAAGUAUGUUGCCAUGGUGAUCGAUCGUAUUUUCCUGUGGGUUUUCAUCCUGGUGUGCAUUUUAGGGACAGCAGGGUUGUUUCUGCAGCCCUUGAUGGCCAGAGAUGAUGCAUGAGCACUAAACUCCGUGUCUGCCUGAGGUUAUUUACGUGUGUGUUGGGGCUCAGUCUUUGAAGUUUAUAUUUUAUCGUGGUAAAAUACACUUAGAGCAUAAAAUACAUCACCUUCACCAUGUUUAAGUGCACAGUUGAGUGGUAUUAAACACAUCACACUGUUGUGCAACCUUCACCAUCAUCCAUCCCUGUAACUCUUUUCAUCUUGUAAAAUUGAAACUCUAGACCCAUGAAACUAACUCCCCGUUCUCCACCGCUCCCCCACAACCACCACCAUCAGACAUUCUGUCUUCAUGAUUUUGACUGUUCUAAGUACCUCAUGUAAGUGGAAUCAUACAGUAUUUGUCUUUCGGACUGGCCUAUUUUACUUCACAUGUUCUCAAGGUUCAUCCAUGUUGUAGCAAAUUGCAGAACUUCCUUACUUUUUAAGGCUGAAUAAUAUUCCAUUGUAAGUAUAUACAUUUUGCUCAUCCAUUCAUCUGUUGUUGGACACCUGGGUUGCUCAGAUGUUCUGGCUGUUGUGACUAUUGCUACUGCGUACACUCUUCAGUAAUCGGAUUUCAGUUCUUUUGGAUAUAUAUACACCCACAAAUGGAAUUGCUUGGUUAUAAGGCAAUUUUAUUUUUAACUUUUUAAGGAAGCAUCAUACUGUUUUCCACCACAGCUGUACCAUUUUACAUUCCCACCAACAAUGCCCAGGAUUCCAGUUUCUCCACAUCCUCAUCAAUACCUGUUUUCUGUUUUUUUUGAAAAAAGCAAUCCUAUUGGUUGUGAAGUGGUAGCUCAUUGUAGUUUUGAUUUGCAUUUCUCUAAUGAUUUGUGAUUUUGAGCAUUUUUUCACGUGCUUAUCGGCCAUUUGUAUACCUUCUUUGGAGAAAUGUCUGUUCAAGAUCUU